AGGCAACAUACUCUUUUUUAUAUCAAAUACAGUAAUAAAUUAAACAUGCAACAUAUUGAUGACACCAAGUUAUACAACGAUGGACAAUAUCGUUUUGACUAUGUUGCUGAUUUCAUGGAAUUCGGUGAAACUGACAUCAAGGCCAUUCAAGCGGUUGCUGAGCAAGUACGUCCUUUGAUUCCAGUGGUUGUGGAUGCAGUGUAUAAGAAGUUAUUCACGUAUGAUGUGACCAAGCGAUUCUUCCUUCCCAAGAAUGAAGGGUUUGAAGGCGAGACAGCAACAACUUUGGAAGCAUUGACAUUGGAUCAUCCACAGAUCAAGUUCCGUAAAGAUUUCCUGAGUCGAUACCUGAACAAGUUAUUGGAUGGACCUUAUGAUGAUCGAUUCUUACGUUAUCUGGAUUGGGUGGCUAAGAUUCAUACCGAUACACCUCAAAAGAAAUCCAAGAUCAAUGUGGAUUAUAUUCAUGUUAAUUGUUUGAUGGGUUAUGUGGAAUCCACUCUGGUUGGUGGCUUGUUGUCUUUGCAUUUGGACCGUGAUACUGAAGCCAAGGCCUUGGCCGCUUUCAACAAGUUGUUAUGGAUUCAAAAUGAUUACUUUGCAAAGUACUAUGCUUUACCUUCUAAUCAAAUCAAGGAACCUUCUUCUUUUUCCUCCUUGACUGGUCCUCAUGUUCUCUCUACUAUGAUGGGUACUCUUAUCGGCGGUUUGGCCGUUUACUUUGGAUUCAUUAAACGUUCAUAGAUUGUAUAUUAUUAUUAUCAUUAUUGUUAUUAUAGUUAGUAUCAUAAAAUAGUUAAUCUCUUAUAUAAAAUAAUAAAACACAUCUUCUUUUGUUUGACUAUCAAAAAAAAAA